AUUUGCCAAGAAACCGAAGAAAAGCCAGUUUCAUUCUUCAGAAAGACUCAAAAGACUACUGAUCAAGGGCCAGCUCCAAUGGAUGGAAUAUACAAAAAUGGAAAAGUUUUUUCUAUUAAGAAAUCACAGCCCAUUUUAGUUCAAUCCGAGGGGGCAACUCAUGAUAAAGAGUUCUAUUUCUUAUCCAACCUUGAUCAGAACAUCGCUGUUAUCAUUCAAACAGUGUACUGUUUCAAGCAAGAUGGAAUGAAUAGUAGUAAAAACGUCGCGAAUGUGAUCAAGCAAGCGUUGGCAAAAGUUCUAGUUCAUUUCUACCCGUUGGCUGGGAAGUUAACAAUUAGUCCUGAUGGAAAGCUUAUUGUAGAGUGCUCGAACGACGGUGUGCCUUUUGUUGAAGCCGUUGCAGACUGUAGUAUGGAUGUGUUGGGUGAUAUCAGUACUAUACCUGAUCCUGCCAUGUUGGGAGAGCUUGUUCAUACUGUUCCCGAAGCGAAAAACAUACUAGAAAUGCCUCUUCUGACUGCACAGGUAACAAGGUUCAAGUGUGGAGGAUUUGUUCUUGGCAUGACAAUUAAUCACUGCAUGACUGACGGAAUAUCUGCAAUGGAGUUUGUAAAUUCAUGGGCAGAGACAGCUAGAGGGAUAUCACUGAGCGUCCCACCUUUUGUGGACAGAUCCAUAUUGAGAUCUAGACAACCACCUAAGAUCAAUUAUGACCAUAAAGAGUUCAUGGAGAUAAAGGACAAGUCAAACAUGGAGCGUCUCUAUCAAGAAGAGCAAAUGGUAUAUAAAUCAUUCCAUUUUGAUCAGGAAAAGCUAGGGCGAUUAAAGAAACUAGCAAUGGAGGAUGAGGUGAUAAAGAGCUGCACAAGCUUCACAGUGCUCACAGCUCUAGUGUGGCGUGCCCGAAGCAAGGCACUCAAGAUGAGAUCCGACCAAGAAACCAAGCUACUAUUUGCAGUUGAUGGGAGAUCCAAGUUCAAUCCACCCUUGCCCAAAGGGUACUUUGGCAAUGGUAUUGUCCUAACUUGUUGUCUUUGCAAGGUAGGAGAAUUGAUCGAAAAACCGUUUUCUUAUGCAGUGGGCCUAGUACAAGAUGCAAUAAAAAUGGUGAACGAGGACUUUAUCCGUUCAACCAUUGAUUACUUUGAAGUAACUAGAGCAAGGCCUUCGUUAACUGCCACCCUUUUGAUCACUUCAUGGACUAGACUCUCUUUUGAUACUACCAACUUUGGGUGGGGAGAUCCUACACAAUCUGGUUGUGUGACCUUGCCUGAGAAAGAAGUGGCUUUGUUUCUCUCAAAAGGAAAAGAGAAGGGCACCACUUUACUUUUGGGAUUGCCCCUUACUGCCAUGAAGACCUUCCAAGAGCUUAUUCAAGCUUAGUUUGAUCCAAGUGUGCCAUAUAUACCUAUAAAGUAAGUUCCCUAAGCACAUUUAUAAAUCAUUCUAUGUGCAUGUCUAUGGAAGUAUCUGUUGGUAUUGCUUUCAUCUAAAAAAAGGAUCUUUUUGUUUCCCAAUCUACUCCUCAAAGUAUCAUUCUUUGACAGAUUGCAAUCAGGACAAAAACAAAUGCUCUAUAAUGCAUUUCAAUUGUGAUUUAGACAAGAUGGGGCUGCAGGGAAAUGCUUUACAUAUGCCGCAGACAGCCAUUUUAAUAAGGAAAAUGAUGUUUCUAUCAAGUGAACUAUAUAUGCAAAUAAUAUUUUGGAGAACAAAUUAAUGGAAUUCCCAUUUUGUAAAUCAUCAAGGCAACAAGGACCAUUGUGUUCUGAAAUCUGUGAAGAAAUUAAAGUUUGGGUGCACAAUGGUGGGUCAGCCAGCAUUUAAUAUCACUGUCCAAGACUUGAUGCAAUCUCUUCAGAAAACAUCCUGCUCCACAUACUGUAUACUGCAAUAUUGUAUUUAUGGAUGCCUGGCAGGCCUAUUAUGCAUGAUUAUUGAUUACCCCUUUUGAAGAUACUACAUAUCCAGCAACCAUGGCAUUCCUGUUAUAUGUGGUUCCUCAUUAGGUUUAGCAGAAUACUGUUACGUACGUUCAUGUUUACUACCAUUAUAGGAUAAGCUGGCAGUUAUUCAGUUAUUGUAAGUUGAGUCUAUUGGUUAGUAAAAUCUGGAGUUUCCUGUUCA